UAACUUUGCAAAUAAAGAUGCCCUCAGAGGGAGCGAAAGGGAAAUACCUUGUGACAGACAGACAGUGGGACGGGGUGGCCGAUUGUCACGAGUGUCAAGUCCGGAGGCUCCCUUCCCGGGUCCAGUCCAGGCCAUCACCAUGUCCACCUACUCCCCCGAGUGGAUUUUAGAAAACUUUGAGUACGAUGAAUCUGCUGAAGCCUGUGAUAUGGGGGACGUUGUGGCCUUCGGGACCGUCUUCCUGCCCAUACUCUACUCCCUUGUCUUUGCCUUUGGCCUCGUGGGAAACCUGCUGGUGGUGUUUGCCCUCAACAACACCCGGAAGCCCAAGAACAUCACUGACAUUUACCUCCUGAACCUGGCCUUGUCUGACCUGCUUUUUGUGGCCACACUGCCUUUCUGGACUCACUACCUGGUCAGCGAGCAAGGCCUUCACAACGCUGUGUGCAAACUCACCACCGCCUUCUUCUUCAUCGGCUUUUUUGGAGGCAUAUUCUUCAUCACGGUCAUCAGCGUCGACAGGUACUGGGCCAUCGUCCUGGCCGCCAACUCCAUGAACACCCGGACCGUGCAGCAUGGCGUCACCAUCAGCCUGGGCGUCUGGGCGGCCGCCAUCUUGGUGGCUGCGCCUCAGUUCAUGUUCACAAAACAAAAAGAAAACGAGUGUCUUGGCGACUAUCCUGAGGUCCUACAGGACCUCUGGCCUGUUCUCCGAAACGUGGAGGCCAAUUUGCUUGGUUUCCUGCUCCCCCUGCUCAUUAUGAGUUACUGUUACUUCAGAAUCAUUCGGACACUGUGUUCCUGCAAGAACCACAAGAAAGCCAAAGCCAUUAAACUGAUCUUUCUGGUGGUCAUCGUGUUUUUUCUCUUCUGGACACCCUACAACAUCAUGAUUUUCUUAGAGACGCUUAAUCUCUAUGACUUCUUCCCCAGCUGCGACAUGAAGAAGGACCUGAGGUUGGCCAUCAGUGUGACUGAGACCAUCGCAUUCACCCACUGCUGUCUCAACCCCUUCAUCUAUGCAUUUGCUGGAGAGAAGUUCAGACGAUACCUUCACCACCUGUACAGGAAGUGCCUGGCUGUCCUGUGCGGUCACCCUGUCCACGCCAGCUUCUCCCCGUCUGAGUCACAGGCGAGCAAGCGGGAAAGCAUUCUGAGCAGUAAUUUCACUCAUCACACCAGCAAUGGAGACGGGUCUGUCCUCCUCUGAGGGGAUCCCCAGAGCCUUGCCCCUGCACACAGCCCGGAGUUCCGGAGCCUGCCACAGAAUAACGAAGACGGGUUUUUUGUUUGUUGCUUACACACAAGACACGAUGCACCGAGUCCUCCGAGACAACCCUAAAGCAUUUUUGAGCGUUGUGCCCAAAAUUUGAAUGCUCAAGGGUAGGCAUGUCUCUAACUGAAAAUGUCAGGACUUUUUGUUCACAGAUGACAAAAAUUCAACUCCCUCUAGCUUGGCUACAGAGGAGGCGGGAGUAUCAUUCACACAGUGGCCUGAAUAGGGGGUGGCGGAGCCGUCAGAGUGAGUGGAAACUGGGGCUUGAGUCUGGCUAGGAUUUCCUCUCUGUGGCUCUCAAACCUCUGAGUGGUGACAGUUCUCCCUGACACAGUUUUGCCAACAGUGGGUCUGAGAGCCAUCCUCUCUGGUCCCAAGGUUAAACUUCCCAGGGAAGGGCUCUCAUUGGCUGAGUUUGAAUCAGAUGCCCAUCCCCGGACCAGGUUGUGGUAUUCACCCGGGGGAGAAUAGAUAAGAUGGCGGCUUCCACUCCAGUCAUGUGGUUAGAGGUGCAGGAAGGCAUAUGUCCAAGGAGCUGGAGGGGCCGGCGCUGUUUUGAUCCAAUAGAACAAGAGCUGCCCACCUACCUUCCCGUGGAUCUGGCCCUGCUUCCUCACUGGUCACACCAGCCAGCAUGCACUGCCAGCCUUCUCUUCCUUAAACCCCCCCCUUUUUUUUUUAAUCAUGCCUCCAAACCUACAAAGGUUGUCCAGGGCCCACUGCAUCCAAUCCAAGAUGCUCCAGCCCGUAGUCCCACCACUGAGUCCCCAUUUCUUCCCCUUCCUGAAAGAACCCAGCCCUUCAGCCAACCAGAGCUCCUCCAUCAUGCACCCCCUGCUCCGGGCCCACACUGACAGGGGACGGCGUCCAAUCCCACCUUCACCGUUGCCGGCUGGGGAGCUCGGGGCCGGCCCAGCGCCAGCUUCCUUAUCUGUAGAUGGAGAUCGUGGUGCUUUUCACAUCGGGAGCCUCCUGCUCAGCAUGAGAAACCUGUCACCAACUCUUGCAGGCCCCACGCCUCGUAUCUAUCUGGAUCCAGACUUCAGCUUUCCCCCGCCUGGCACAGUGCUCACGGGGCAGCCUUGGCAUAGCCCAGAGGAGCCUCCCGGCUCUGCUGUGGGAUGUAGCUCAGAUAGAGAGGAGGCUGGCCCUACAGUGGUACUCAGAGGACGCUCCUACGUACACGGACUGAGUCUUCCCUGAGCCAGCCCCAGACUGCCUUGCAUACUCCUUUCCAGGUGCCUCGUGGCAAGCCCCUGCCCGUCUGAGGAGAACCCCCGUCAUUCAUGCCACUGCCAACUUGGAGGGCCAGGGGCACAGGUGCAGCUUCUUUCCCCUUUUCCAGCAAACGUUCGGGAGGGUCUAAUACUUCGAAGCUUGCAAACCGGUUGUAAGAAUGCUCAGAGAACGUGCUCUGACCUAACCACGUGCGGUCUUCACCUGCCCGCCCGCGCUUGCUCACACUCUCACGUGUUGGCAGUUGAGAGCACAACGUACAGGCCCUUUGCAAUCUGCUGUUCUUCCCUUAACGUUAGAGCACACAGGGCUUUCUAUAAAGUGUUGUACCGUUCGCUUUGGGAGGCUCUGCCAGGCUGCGCGCUUGUUGAAGGCAACCGACAGCUCAUCCGUGUUUCUGACAGUUCCUUGGGAGUCGGUCUGUUGGUUUAGUCGGUGACAGAGUGAACCGUGUUCCUUCAGAAUCACAUCUCAUCAUUUACUCACCGUCAUCCUGUUGAUAAACAUUCCACCUGACGCCAGUGUUUAGUAAAUGUGUAUUUUACAGCACU